AUGGGAGAUCAUGUUUUUCUAAAAGUGGCACUGUUGAAGGGAAUCAUGAGAUUCAGGAGGAAGGGUAAGCUGAGUUCUAUGUAUAUUGGAUCGUUAGAGAUUCUUGAACGGGUGGGUCGAGUUGCCUAUAGGUUGGCAUUGCCACCGGUCCUAUUUAGGAUUUAUGACGUAUUCCACGUUUCUAUGCUGAGGAAAUACGUCCCCGACCUAUCCCAUGUGAUUAGCUAUGAAGCAUUGGAGUUGGGUGAUACCUUAGCUUAUGAAGAGGUGCCCGUGGAGAUUUUAGACUGGAAGGAACGGGAGCUAUGCACAAAGAAGAUUCCACUGGUAAAAGUUUUAUGGCGCAAUCAUGCCAUUGAAGAGAAUUCCUGGGGAUUAGAGGAUUAG